UUAAAAAAGCGCGCCUAGGCGCGGGCUUUAGUCUGGGCGCACGGGUUGGGCUUUUUCCAGAGCCAGGCGCACCAACCUACGAGAGGCACGGCCAAGGCGCAUGUAGGCGCCGAAAGCGCGCUUAGGCGCAAAAGCCCACAAGCCCGCGCCUCUUGUGCAUUUAGGGUUAGGAGUAUUUAUUUCAAUUUUAGGUUUAGAGUUAUUACAAAACACGCAUCUCCCUUUCUCCACUCCACUCCUCUGCGCCGCUAGACCCCUGCCCACCGCACGCCGCUGCGCCGCCGCUAUCCGCCAUCCGCCGCCGCCCGCCAUCCGCCACCGUCGCCGCCGGCGGUCUGCUCCAGUCAGUUUUAACUUUCAAUGGCUUCGGAUAAGUCACGUGUAUCAUCAACGGAGGAUGAUCAUGAUGAUCCUACUAAAAAAUAUGGGACGCCCAAUCCUUCGAAUAAAAUUGCAUGGACGUGUCAUUUUUGUGGGAAAGUCACAAAUGGAGGAUCCUAUCGAAUGAAGCAACAUUUGGUGGGAGGUUUUAGGAAUACAAAGAAAUGUCUUAAGGCUCCCGAGCAUGUAAGGACGGAAGUGAAUGCUUAUAUGAUUAAGAAAGCAACUAGUAAAGUGCUUAAUCAAUUUGCUAGAAAUCCGUCUCAUGAUGUUGGUGAUUAUGAUGAAGAAGAGGAAGAGGUGGAAAUUGAAGGUAGCUCGUCACGCACCAUCAUGAGUAAAGUGGCACCGGCUUCAAAAAGAAUGAAAGGUCCCUUAGAUGUUUUAUUUGCAUCUAAGCAACCUAGUUCUCAAUCUCAAGAAGUAUUGAAGGGUAGGAAAGAAAGAAAGGGAAUUUUUGGUGCUAGUGACAAAGUAUGUAGGGACAAAGCUUGUGAAGCUAUUGCAAGGUUCUUUUAUGACAAUGCAAUUCCCUUCCAUCCGGCUACUAGUGAUAGCUUCAAAGGAAUGGUUGAAGCUAUUGGACAAUAUGGUCCGGGGUUGGUUCCACCGAGCAUGUAUGAGCUAAGAGUUCCUUUUCUUCAAAAGGAAGUGGAAGCCACGAACACCAAAGUGAUGGAGUUCAAGAAAGAAUGGGCCAUAAAGGGAUGUUCUAUUUUAUCUGAUGGAUGGCGUGAUUCGGUGGUGCAAAAGGAUAUUGUGAACUUUCUUGUCAACUCUCCAAAAGGGUUCGUGUUCAUCAAAUCGGUGGAAGUUUCCGAAGUUGUGAAAGAUUCAACCACUUUGUUUUUGAUGCUUGAUUCUAUUGUCGAGGAAGUUGGAGAGAUGAAUGUUGUGCAAGUGGUGACGGACAAUGCAUCUAACUAUGUUAAGGCGGGGAAAUUGCUUAUGGCCAAAAGACCACAUCUUUAUUGGACUCCAUGUGCCGCACAUUGUGUGGACUUGCUGUUGGAGGAUAUUGGAAAGCUUCCAAUGAUCAAGAAUGCCCUUAAGAAGGCGAUCUUAAGGGCAUGA